AUGACCAAGGGCUCUUCCAACAACAACUCUAGUUCCGGUUCCGGCAGCGGCUCCGGCAGCUACCAGACUACCAGCUCUGGCACGAACAGCCAGGGCAACCACUACUGCCACCGCGACUACGGAACCGGUGCUUCCAACUCGAACUCCUACCACUACUCCAACUCCGACGGUAGCUACUACUACAGCAACUCCAACGGCUCCACGUACCACAACGACGGGGCUGGCAACUCCACCUAUACCCCUCGCAAGUAA